CAAGCAUUUGAGACAUAGACGGGUUUUCAAAACAACAAAAUGGAAGCAAGUGAAAAACGUGGAACACCACCUAAUGUUGCCUUAUCGCAAACAAAUCGGAAAAAGUUUAACCAAAAGGUUAUGAAGAUCAAAAGAAAAAAGUUUGUGCCUGAAGAAGGCAUGAAAGGCGUUGUGUACAUUUCCCACCUUCCUUGGGGCUUUGAAGAGCAGCCGAUGAGGGAAUACUUCAAACAAUUUGGUGCAAUAAAGAAACUCAGAAUAUCCAGAAGUAAAAAGACUGGUAACAGUAAGGGGUAUGCUUACAUCCAGUUUGCACAUGAUGCAGUGGCCAAGAUAGUGGCUGAGUCGAUGAACAACUACCUGAUGUUUGGUAAACUCAUUAAAUGUAAGCAUCUAGAGAAGCCCCACCCUGAGACGUUCAAGAACGCUGACCGGCCGUUCCGUCCUCACCUGACCCAAGUCAAGGCAAUCCGACAGAGGAACCAGUCCAAAUCAGAGGAAGUGCUGAUAUGCAACAAGAAGAAGACAAUGUCAAGGUUCAGGAAGAAACUUGUACAACUGGCUGAGACGGGCAUUGAGUACAGGCUAGAAGGAAUGGAUGUCAGAAUUCCUGUAAAGACCACAGAGGUGUCGGAGAAAAGAAAGGCGAAUGAUGAGUGGACAGAGAUGGCGUGCAAGGUUAAGAGAGGUCGCAAGUCAGAGGGAACUACAGAUAGUCCCAUAGGGGAACCAGCUAGCAAAUUGGAGGGAACCAUCGAUAGCACAAAAGAGGAACCAUCAAAUAAAACCCCAAAUAAGGUCGAGAAAGUGCGCAAGUCGCUGGGAGCCACAAAUAAACCAACAGAGGAACCACAGAGUAAAUCAGGUAGCACAUUGGAGGGAAGCGUGAAUAGAAAGGACAAAGAACCGUCGAAUAAAACCCCAAACAAAACCCCACAGAAAACGCCCAACCAACGGAAGACUCCGUCUGUUCUUCCAAAGACUGUAGAAACUCCUUCAGGAAAGAUGAAUGUCCUGAUAGAAGACAGUAGUGAGGACGAGAUAUCGUUUAAAACACCACCACUGACCGUUAAGUCGUCAAAACUUACAUUGGUUGAAGUGACUGAUGACUCCGAAUGUACGCCUUCUACCCCUCACCAAAAGACUGCUAGACACACUAAAGCAGCACAAAACAUGGGCACAACGCCUUCUGGUAUGCAAACCAGGUCGGCAAAGAAAUCUUCGCUUAAAACAACGCUAGCUUCGCAGAAGAAAAAAAAGAUUUAACUCUGAAAUUAUGAUGUUAUUAAAUGAAAUUUGUCUGAUGUACAAAAGCUUCAGAAAAUCAUCAUGCUUCAACUGUUAUGCAAUUGUUUUAUUGAUAAAUGCAGUGUAUAAUUUCCUGAUGCGAGUUGAAUUUUAAUGUUAAGACCCUUAUGCAAAUGCAGCCAAACAUAUUUAGAAGAUAUUGCGUGGAUAUAAAAGUGUUCAUUGGCUAGUGUAAGUCAAUGUUGUAGGAGAUGAUAAUUUUCUGCAUUCUGUGUAAACAAGGCUUAAUUCAUGUGUGUUAGGUGUCAUCCCAGAUUAGCCUGUGCAGUUUGCACAGGCUUAUCAGAGACAAAACUUUCCGUCUUUACAGUAUUAUUUGCUAUGAAGAGACUUUUAUAAACAGAAAAUAUAAAAAAAAGCAGAAAGUGUCAUCCCUGAUUAGCCUGUGCAGUUUGCACAGGCUUAUCAGAGACAAAACUUUCCGUCUUUACAGUAUUAUUUGCUAUGAAGAGACUUAUAAACAGAAAAUAUAAAAAAAGCAGAAAGUGUGCAGUCCACACAGGCUAAUCUGGGAUGGCACUUUCGCACAUGCAUUAAACCCCUUUUUCUUAAUUCAUGUGUGUUAAGUGUCAUCCCAGAUUAGCCUGUACAGUGUGCAUAGGCUUAUCAGAGACCAAACUUUCUGUCUACACUUGAAUUUUAUUUAGAAGAGUCCCACUUAAAAUAAAAAAAUAUCAUACUUGAUAGAAACAGAUUUGUCCCUGAUUAGUCUGUGCAGGUUGAUCUGGGAAGACACUCGCUCGUGCAUUAAGGCCAUGUUUCCCAGAAUGGGGCCGAUUUUAAUUACUUUGUAGAUGGUUCACAUGCCUGUAUAUUUCCAUGGUGGAAAUGUGUAAUAACUGUCUAGGCAUGGUUGUUUGAUGUAUGAGAAAAUUAAUGUAAACAAACAAAAUCUUGUUACACUUUCAUAAUGCUUUUUCACAAAAGAUUCAUACAUUCAUGACUAUGGGCAACAAGUAAAGAGGAUAAAAUAAACAACCAAAAUAUUUAUUGUAAGAUUUCUCAUUUAAGUAACGACAAAAUAAACAUAAGAACGUACAGAAAUAAAUAAACAAGUAAUAUAUGUAUAUGAAACGCGUAUAAUUUAUAGCUUGAUCAAAUCCCUGCAUUCAUAACGGUUAUUAACCAACCACUAAAAUAUGUUUAUACCUAGAAAAUAGGCAUUCAAUCAAAAUUGUCAAGUUUCACUUGAUGAUAGGCUAGCCCCGUGGUUCAAUAAUUUUACCGUUGCUAUUUUUACUUUUUUGAAUUAAAAGCCGGAUCUUACUGUUUAGCUCACCUGAUUGCUCAGGUGAGCUUUUGUGACCGGUCUUCGUCCGUCGUAUGUCCGUCCGUCCGUUAAUAUUUGCUCGUAAACACUCUAGAGGCCACAUUUCUUGUCCCAUCUUCAUGAAACUUGGUCAGAAGCUUUGUCCUAAUGAAAUCUCGGCCGAGUUCGAAACUGGGUUGUGUCGGGUCAAAAACAAGGUCACUAGGUCAAAAAAAGAAAAACCUUGUAAACACUGUAGAAGUCACAUUUGAUGCCCAUUCUUCAUGUAAGUUUGUCAAAAUGUUCGUCUUAAUGAUAUCUUGGUUGAGUUCAAAAGUGGUUCCGAUCCGUUGAAAAACAUGGCCACCAGUGGGCGGGGCAUUUUUCCGUUUUUGGCUAUAGAGAAACCUUGUAAACACUCUAGAAGUCACAAUUUUUACUUGAUCAUCAUGAAAGUAGGUCAAAACAUUGGUUCAAUUGAUGUCUCGGACGAGUUCGAAAAUGGUCGAGAUCGGUGAAAAAACAUUGCCGCCAGUGGGCGGGGCAUUUUUCUCUAUAUGUACAUAAUGGCAUUUUUCCCUAGUUGGCUAUAGAGAAACUUUGUAAACACUCUAGAAGUCACAAUUUUUGCCCAAUCAUCAUGAAAGUUGGUCAAAACAUUGUUUUUUUUAUAUCUCGGACGAGUUUUAAAAUGGUGGGGAACUGGGGAUCGGUGAAAAAACAUGGCCGCCAGCGGGCAGGGCAUUUUUCUCUAUAUGUAUAUAGUGAAAACAUGUGAACACAGUAGAAGUCACAUUUUUGGCCCAGUUUUCAUGAAAUUUGCUCAGAACAUUUGUUUCCUUGAUACGAGAGUUGAGUUUAAAAAUGGUUCCGUUCAGUUGAAUAACAUGGCUGCUGGGAGGGGGGCAGUUUUCUCAUUAUGCCCCCCCCCCCCCUUUCAAAGAAGAUGGGGUAUAUUGUUUUGCUCAUGUCGGUCCGUCCGUCCACCAGAUGGUUUCCGGAUGAUAACUCAAGAGCGCUUAUGCCAAGGAUCAUGCAACUUCAUAAGUACAUUGAACAUGACUCGCAGAUGACCCCUAUUGAUGUUCAGGUCACUAGGUCAAAGGUCAAGGUCACGAUGACCGGAAAUAGUAAAAUGGUUUCCGGAUGUUAUCUCAAGAACACUUAUUCCGAGGAUCAUGAAACUUCAUAGAUACAUUGAUCAUGACUGGCAGAUAACCCCUAUUGAUUUUCAGGUCACUAGGUCAAAGGUCAAGGUCACGAUGACCCUAAAAAGUAAAAUGGUUUCUGGAUGAUAACUAAAGAACGCUUUGGCCUAGGAUCAUGAAACUUCAUAGGUACAUUGAUCAUAACUCUUAGAUGACCCCUAUUGAUUUUCAGGUCACUAGGUCAAAGGUCAAGGCCACAAUGAACCGAAAUAGUAAAAUGGUUUACGGAUGACAACUCAAGAACGCUUAGGCCUAGGAUCAUGAAACUUCAUAGGUACAUUGAUCAUGACUCGUAGAUGACCCCUAUUGAUUUUCAGGUCAAAGGUCAAGGUCAUGGUGACCCGAUAUAGUAAAAUGGUUUCCAGAUGAUAACUCAAGAACGCUUAUGUCUAGGAUCAUGAAACUUCAAAGGUACAUUGAUCAUGACUCGAAGAUGACCUCUAUUGAUUUUCAGGUCACUAGGUCAAAGGUCAAGGUCAUGGUGACCUGAAAUAGUAAAAUGGUUUCUGGAUGAUAACUCAAGAACGAUUAGGCUUAGGAUCAUGAAACUUCAAAGGUGCAAUGAUCAUGACUCGCAGAUGACUUCUAUUGAUUUUCAGGUCACUAGGUCAAAGGUCAAGGUCACGGUGACCUGAAAUAGAAAGAUGGUUUCUGGAUGAUAACUCAAGAAUGCUUAUGCCUAGGUUCAUGAAACUUCAUAGGUAUAUUGAUCAUGACUCGCAGAUGACCCCUAUUGAUUAUCAGGUCACUAGGUCAAAGGUCAAGGUCACAGUGCCAAAAAACGUAUUCACACAAUGGCUGUCAAGGUCACGGUGACUCGACUUAGAAAAAUGGUUUCCGGAUGAUAACUCAAGAAUGCUUACGCUUAGGAUCAUGAAACUUCAUAGGUACAUUGAUCAUGACUUGCAGAUAAAAUAAUGAUGAAACUUGACCAGGAUGUUUGUCUGGACAAUAUGUAUGUCAAGUUUGACAUUUGGAAAAGAAUGAAUGAACUGACUCAUCUCAGGUGAGGCGAACAAUAGCCAUCUUGGCCCUCUUGUUCACAUUAACUACAAACGUUUUAUAAACAUUAUUAAUACAUAAAUGAUGAUUAUCUGUGUUUUCAUGUUCAAUGUAAAUGUGGUUUUCUUUGAUUAAAAUUGGUGUGAAUGCUA